GCUGUGCAGAUGAAGACUCCUGUGAUGCGCAAGAAGCAGAGACAGGCAUCCAAUGACGAGGAGGAGAGCGCCAGUAGCGACUUGUACUUCCACCACAACGACGGCACCAGCGGCGGCGGUUGCCGCACGUCAGACAGAACGCUGAGCGAGCUGACCGUGCCGCGUCUGAGCUGCGAGGCCCUCAGGACCAUCAUGGACAGCGCUGAGGUCGACCACCCGCUCCAGAGGGAGACCCUCCUACAGCAACACUCUGCUCUCUUCAGCAAGUGGUGCACGCUGCUGCA